UCCCUCAUUGCACGCCCCACCGGCCCACCCGCAGCCACCCCCGCCGUAUCCUUCCGCCGCCACUAGGGUUUAACCACAACACCCGCCGCGCCUCUCGAAGCAUGUCGGCGCCGCCGUCGCUCAAACCCCCGGCAACCGCCGCCGCGGCCUCUCCCCGCGCGGUCGCCGCCCCGAGGGCCACCGCGCUCCGCAGCGCCUGUGCCCGCCCGACGCGACGCCUCCAGUUCUCAGCCUCAGCUGCCGUCGCCGGAGCUUCCACCGAGAUGACUGAUGAUAACCUGGGCUGGGCGGAGAGGUCGCUGGAGGAGCUCGGCAGCUUGCCGGACAACGAUACGUUCUGCCUGAUGGCGCUCUCGCCGCUGGAUGGGCGGUACGAUCGCUUCAUCAAGGACCUGAUGCCCUUCUUCAGCGAGUUCGGACUCAUCAGAUACCGCGUCCUCAUCGAGGUGAAGUGGCUACUGAAAAUUUCUCAAAUUCCUGAAAUCACUGAGGUGCCGCCAUUCAGCGAGGAGGCCCAGCUCUUCUUGAAUGGGAUUGUCCAGAAUUUUGGCAUUGAUGAUGCGAAGGAAGUGAAGAAAAUCGAGAAAAUAACAAACCAUGAUGUGAAAGCUGUUGAGUACUUUCUGAAGCAGAGAUGCAGCUCAAAUCCAGAGAUUGCAAAGGUGUCGGAGUUCUUCCAUUUUGCAUGUACCUCUGAGGACAUCAACAACCUGUCACAUGCAUUGGCUCUGAAAGAGGGGGUAAAUGGAGUUAUGUUCCCUGCCAUGAUCGACAUAUGCAAAGCAAUGUGUUCCUUGGCAACACAAAAUUCAGCCUACCCUAUGUUGUCUCGAACUCAUGGGCAGCCAGCGUCACCAACAACGGUGGGAAAGGAGAUGGCAAACUUUGCAGCCAGAUUAUCUGAUAUAGGGAAGAGUUUCUCAGAGGUGAAGAUACUAGGGAAAUUUGCUGGUGCUGUUGGUAAUUAUAAUGCCCAUGUGGUUGCUUAUCCAGAAGUUGACUGGCCUAAGGUGGCAGAAGAGUUUGUUAGAUCCUUGGGUUUGCAAUUCAACCCUUAUGUGACUCAGAUUGAGCCUCAUGACUACAUAUCAAAGCUCUUCAAUCUGUUCAUCCAGUUCAACAAUGUGUUGACUGAUUUUGAUAGGGACAUGUGGUCCUAUAUAUCACUGGGCUACUUCAAGCAGAUACCAAAAGCUGGUGAGGUUGGUUCGUCCACUAUGCCUCAUAAAAUCAAUCCCAUUGAUUUUGAAAAUAGUGAUGGCAAUUUGCAUUUGGCGAAUGGUAUUUUGUCUGCUAUAAGCAUAAAGCUGCCGAUAUCCAGGCUGCAGCGUGAUCUGACAGACUCGACUGUUCUGAGAAACUUGGGUGUGGGAUUAGGUCAUUCUCUAUUGGCUUACAAAGCUACAAUACGUGGAAUCAGCAAGGUUCAGGUGAAUGAAUCACGUUUGGCUGAAGACCUGGAGAAAACUUGGGAGGUCCUUGCUGAGCCAAUACAGACUGUGAUGCGGAGAUAUGGAAUACCUGAACCUUAUGAGAAGCUGAAGGAGCUGACUAGAGGCCAAGCUGUCACCAAGGAUAGCAUGCAGCAGUUCGUUGAUGGUCUAGACAUACCAGAGGAGGUUCGAUCAAAACUUGCAAAGCUAACCCCGCAUUCUUAUACUGGACUGGCAGAGGAUUUGGCGAAAGACAUCGAGAAGUUGGUUGAUCUAGAAUCUGGAUUCAAGAUCAAGUGAGCUUCCAUUAAAAAAAUGGAUAAUCAUCUCCACAAUUUUUUCUUUUGACAAUGACGGUGCAAAAAUAACAGAAUGGAGCUCCAGAGAACACUGAUCUGUUGUGGCCUCAGGGGAUUGUCUGCCACGCUAAUUUUACCUGGUUCUCAUUUAAAAUAUGUAAAAUGCGGCUCAUGGAAUUGUGCCGGCUGCCCAGCUGUAUCCUGAGGGAAAAUUAUCAAGCUAAAAGUGCUUGAUCGAUUUUUAUCAAUAAUUAGUUGUGUUGCAGCGGUCCAAGUUAAAA